AUGGAUUUCGACCACCUUGCGGAAGAACAAUCAGACCGACUUUUUCAAGUGUGGAUACGCAACUUAAUUACAAAUGCACCAGAAGAACUGGCUGCUAAGCUUGCGGUAAAGCACUGGCCUGGCACACCAACCACGGCUUCUCGAUUUUCGAAUGGCGCAUUCAACUUGUGUUAUCGAGUCACCUACCAAGAUGGAUCCCGUGUCUUGGUUCGGUUUACCGCCCUCGGUCGCGUUCUUUUGCGGAAUGAAAAGGUAGAGGAUGAGGUGGCAGUGAUGAAGUAUCUCGCUCAAAACACUCCUAUACCUGUUCCAAAGGUCAUAGGUUCCGGAAAGUGCGCUGUGGGCCCAUAUAUGGUCAUGACUAUGAUUGAAGGGAGUUUGUUGUCUGGUUAUCUUAAGGACCCUCUUCAAGAGAUGGUUACGUUGAACCCCACAAUACCCAUUUCUGCAUUGAAGAGAGCAUACUAUGGCAUGGCCGAAAUCAUGCUAGAGCUGUCAAAGUCUUCUUUUCCGUUUAUUGGAGCCCUGAAAGAGGAUGGAUUUGGAGGAUGGGAUGUGCACAAGAGACCUCUGACGUUUAAUAUGAACCGGCUAGCUCAAUUUUCCAAUAUCCCUCCUGGUAUAUUUGCAAAGCAGCGCUUCACCAAUACGGCUGACUAUUUCGAGGAGCUCGCAAAGCAACAUCUCUACCACCUAGAAUUUCAACGCAAUGAUGCAGUCAAGGACGAAGCAGACUGUAGGAAAAAAUAUAUCGCCCGCUGUUUAUUCCAUAAGAUAUCGCGGGGAAUACCCAAAGAACAUCGAGAUGGCCCUUUCCGACUCUUUUGCGAUGACCUUAGGCCGGGGAAUAUCCUUAUUGAUGCGUCAAAACUUACUGUCAGCGGAGCUAUCGACUGGGAGUUUACAUAUGCUGCCCCGGCUGAAUUCACCUAUACUGCGCCUUGGUGGCUGUUGCUGGCACGUCCAGAGGAAUGGGAGGCAGAUCUAAACCAGUUUUUAGCGCGUUACAUGCCUCGAUUUCACGUUUUCCUCGAUACCCUUCGAGAGUGCGAGACAAGCAAAAUCAUUGAAGGCUCCCUAUCGGACUCGCAACGUCUAUCCGGCGCUAUGGAGGUCUCAAUGGAAACUGGAUUGUUCUGGGAUUGUCUUGCCUUAAGACACAGUUCUAUGUUUGAUGAUAUCUACUGGGCUUUCAUCGACCAAAGGUAUUACGGGCCAUUUACUACAAUUGAGGAUCGGGUAACUCACCUAAGUGAGGAGGAAAGAAUGAACCUCGAGACCUUUGUCCAAACGAAAAUGCAGCAAUCAGCUGAAGGGAGGUUGAUUUCUCAUCAAAGCGUUGAAGAGAUGCUUGAUAUGUAG